UAGCCCCUCUAUUUUCCUCAAACUAGCAAACAAUUUUACACUACAAUUCCGAUCGAGGUUUAAGAUCAAUAAUAAGAUAGAGAAUCAAAAUGUUGGCAAUAUUUCAUGAGGCUUUUGCUCACCCUCCAGAGGAGCUUAAUAGUCCUGCAUCUUACAAAGGGAUCAAGAAGCCUAAGGUUCCAGAGGAAACUCUUCAAGAUUUUAUUUCCCAUAAUCCCAAUAACACUUUCUCUAUGAGCUUUGGUAAUUCUGCUGUUAUGGCUUAUGUUCGUCCUCCAACAUCUUUCCCCACUCCACAAAGGCAGUUUUGUGGGUUUGAUGACAUAUAUUGCCUCUUCUUGGGGAGCUUGAACAAUCUAUGCUCAUUGAUUAGGCAAUAUGGGUUGUCAAAGAGUAGCAAGGAAGCCAUAUUUCUGAUUGAAGCUUAUAAGACACUCCGAGACCGAGGUCCAUACCCUGCCGAUCAAGUUAUUAAGGACCUUGAUGGUAGCUUUGCCUUUGUUGUCUAUGACAGAAAGGCCGGCAACGUCUUCGCUGCACUCGGUUCUGAUGGCGGAGUGAAGUUGUACUGGGGUAUAGCAGCAGAUGGAUCUAUUGUAAUAUCUGAUGAUCUUGAUAUAAUAAAGGAGGGUUGUGCAAAAUCGUUUGCCCCCUUUCCAACAGGGUGUAUGUUUCACAGUGAAGGAGGUCUAAUGAGUUUUGAGCAUCCAAUGAACAAGAUGAAGGCAAUGGCAAGAAUAGACAGUGAAGGAGCCAUGUGUGGAGCCAACUUCAAGGUUGAUAAGUACACAAGGGUUAACAGCAUCCCUCGGGUUGGAAGUCAAUCCAAUUGGACUGAAUGGGACCACCAUUAAUUGCCAUAAAUUCCGACAUCAAAACAGUACGAAUAAAAUAUAGGGUUUCACCUUUGUAAAUAAAAAAAAAACAUAGUUAAUUAUUUUUAUGCUACGAUUAUUGUAUAAUAUUCACGCAUACGUUCUAUUUUAUAUAUGAGUAAAUUGCAGUAACGUUUUUUGCUUGUUGA